AUGUGGAUAUGAAUCGGUGUAAUUCUAGUGACACUAUACCAAGUAUUUUGCCAACUAUUAAUUGAGAUAGCUUAUAGUAAUUAUACAGAUUUGAAAUUAAAAUCAACUAUAAGGUAUGCACUCCUUUAGCUCUCUAUAGGGCUGAUUUCAACUUGCCAGAUAAGAUCCGACAUAAAAUCCACUUCUGAUAGGUCAAACGUAGUUUGAUGAUUUAUCCAAAAAAGGAUGGAUUUGCCAAUAUGUUCAUUUUAUCAUAGCAGGAGGAGAUAUCGGAUUUAUUCUGCAGGUUUGAGAUAAUCCUAAUCGAGAUCAACCUGGAUUCUGCAGGUAUAUCUAUUCAGUGAUGGAGCAAAAAUUUUCGUUCCAAGUUGAAUUAAAUCAGAUGUUGAUUAACUCUGUUUUAGAUAUUGAAAAUCUCAGCGAAAAAUCGAAUAUUAUCCUUGACAUUACUUUUAGUGCUUCGAUAUCUGAACUUUUAAGAGAAUUUACCAGUAAGCAUCAAAUAAUUCAUAUCUCGACUAAAAAUUCUUUUAGCUCAUGAACUAGGUGGCAGUAUUUUACUCACUUUUCAAAUAUGGACCACUUGCUAGCCCUUUCUAGCUUAGUUAGUUUUGUAAAUUGACAGAAAUUCAUAAUCAUAUUUGAUGAAAGCACAAUUGAUUAUAUUAUAAUGCAUGGAUUCUUUUUAGACUUUAUACUCAUAGAUCAUGGGUUUAAUUUUAUAGGUUAAAUUAUUCUAUAGCAUUCAAUUUCUUGGACAAACAGCCGUUUAAGUAUGACAUUUUUAAGUAAAAAAAUAUGGGAAUUAUUCAUCAAGUCUCAAAAAUUAAUUCUCUAAUGCAGUGCAGCAUGAGUCCUUUGAGCUUAUGAAAAUAUUUUUAAAGACUCCAUAUCAAUUAACUAAAAAAAGGUUAAGCUUGGAUGAAAUAAAAAUUAACUAAUCUUUAUGAAUGAACCUUUAAAAAACCAAUAAAGCACACCACAUAAUCAUUGAUUAGGCAUAAAUAUUGCAGCAAUAAGAGUGCCUGAGCUAUAAAGUAUUCAAAAAUCAAUUUUUAUCUUACCAGUGAGUACCAUUAUUUUUAGGAGACAAAGAAAGUCAAGAUUUUACAGAUGCAUUUGUUGGGAAGCAAAUCAAACCGAUUGGAAUCAGAAACAUUAUAAUCUCAAGCCAAGGUAAGAGUGCUUCGAAGUUAGUUAAGAGCUUGAAGAAGAAAAAUUUGAUGAUAAACGGAACAGGAAUAAUUUUGGGAAGCAGAAGCUGAUCAGAUAUAAGUGAAAAUGGAAUUUUUGGAUUCAUUGAAUCAGGACUUGAAAAAGCUAUAGAUUAUUAUAGUUAUGAAGCUUUGGCUUGCGUUAAAUUAAUGGAUUUAAUACUCAGCUUCCCAUCCAACAACAAUAAUGUAUUUUUACGAGAUUUUUUGGAGCGAAAUACAAUAAACCACCACCCAAUCCCGAUCUUUACAAUAAUGAACUCAGAUAAUAGCGAGAAAAGAAGCGCCGGAACAUUGAUUGAUGGAGUGAUAACUUGAAAUAAUGAUUUAGUUUUUAUUGGCAAUUCUUCUUCAAUCCCAAAUUCUCCUACAACACAAGUUAAUAUAUGAAUAGCAGAUGGGUCGACAAAUCCUGGGUUUGGAAAUAGCACCUUAUCUAAUCCAAUUAAGCAAGGCGCACGCUAUGCUUUGCUUUCAUAUGCUGAAAAAACUCAUUUCCUUGAUGGCUUUGAUAUUAUAUUGACGCAUACAGACUGUGGAGCAGAAGUUUAUGAUCCUGCUUUUUCUUUGAAUUGUUUUUCUAAAAUAGACAAUCCUGGCGUUGCUUUUAUGACGACUCCUCUCCCAUUUACUUUGAUUGGGAACCUAAUUUCUUUGAAAGCGCUAAACAUUUCAAUGCCUGUUGUUUCUGAGUACGCAACUCCUCAAGCUUUGGAAAAUGAGGCUGAAUACCCCCAAUUCAUGAGGAUUGCGGGCUAUGACUUAUACCACACAAGCGUGCUCACGACUUUAAUUAAUGUUUUUGGGUGGGAAAACGUGAUUUUAAUAUUAGAAAAUUCGACUGAUAAUGCAAUUAUUCAUGACUAUAUUGCAAAAUGAGCAGAAGACUUUAAAAUUAAUAUUGUCAAUGAAGAAAAAGACAGGUGGAUCAUGCAGAAUUACAACCAUACGAGAUUUGAGGAAGUUCAAGAUUGAAUGAAGAAGAUUAUAGAAUUCAAAAUAAGGCCAAUCUUAUUCUACGUUACGCCACCGUUUGAGGCUAAUGUUAUUAUUGAUUUUUAUGAGGCUGGCCUCAGGCAAGGAGAUUGCAUCUUUUUAUUAACGAACAGAGUGGCGUUUACACAGGACCAUGCAGUUGGGGUAGUCAAUAAGCAAAGAUUGGGGGAGUUGCUAUAUGGUGGCUUAGUAAUCAUGGAAGCUGAGUAUAUUGGAGAAUAUGGCAAAGAAAUCUUAAAAGAACUGCAAGAAUACUAUUAUCCUUUGACAAUUUCUGAUUUCAAAUGCUUGUCAUUUGACGCUGCGAUGCUCAUCUUGCAUGGAAUAAAGUAUACCUUAAGCCAAGGAGAGAACAUUGAAGAUAGCAGUAUUUUGAAUACAAAUCUAAGACUCCAAAAAUUUUUAGGGUGUUCUGGUACUGUUUCAAUCGAAUCUGGCAGUAAUAACCGAAAUUCGGCAACACUUGGGAUCUAUAACAUAAGAUGAAAUCAAACAACUAAUUUGAUUUAUGAGUCGCUAACUGGCGUUUAUAAUAUUGGAAGUAAACAAUUAUUUACUUUUUUUGAUGAUAUUGUUUGGUAUAGCAAUAGUACUAUACUUCCUGAUGACAAGAUUGUAUAUGAUAAUGGAUGCCCUUUCUAUAAGAGUGAAGUCAGAUUUUCUUCAAAUGGGGCAGCAAUAUUUUAUUCUCUUUCUGCUUUUAUUUUUAUAGCUACACUGCUUAUAACUUUAUAUAUUUGAAAAAAAUGCUGAUAUAAAUUUAAUGUAGAGCCAAUAAAAUCUUCAAGGAUUCAGUUACCCACAUCUGUUACUAAAGAUAUAUUUUUUUUUGUUUGGUCAAGCAUAAAUCGAAAUUCAUUUUUUAUAUACAAAUAUAUUAAUAAUAAUUUUAUACAAAUAGUUUUAAUACAAAAUUUACUAUAUCAUAAUCUAAAAUUUACCUACAGCUUACUUUAUAUUCCAGGGGAAAUGUUUAAUAUAUACUAUUAAUGCAAAGUUUAAAAAACAUGUUAUGAAAUUAUUUAAUUUUUUUCUUAAAAUAAAUUUUCACAUAUAAAGAGGACAUUUCCAAUAGACUGCUUAUUAAUAAAUAAUCGAAAAAAUGUUCUGAAUUAGAAAAAAUUGCAUGAAAUAAUAAUAGAAUUUUUGAAUAUUUGUCAAUCAUAUUGGAUUAUUCGAAUUUAUAUAAUAAAAAUAUACAAAUUAAUUACGUAUAAAAUAUAUUAUUUUCCAAAAUUAUGUAAUGAGUAAUGAGAGGUAAAUCUUUUUAAUUAUUUAAUUAAUUAAAUUAAAUUGCUGGCUCACGAUUCAAGAACUAUGAAAAUUGCUAAAUAGAGUUUAUCAAAUAACAAAAAUAAUUUUUUAAGAUAUACAAAUUUAAAUGGAUAUGAAAACAGAAUAUAAUAUAUAUAUUUCAAAGCGCUUGAAGACAUUAUAAACUAUUGCAAUUGAAUCAAAAUCAUUUUAAUUUAUUUAAAGUUUGAAAAAAAAAAUAUAGUAAAAUCUUGCUCGUUAUUGCGCAUUAUAAGAGAUUAAGCGUCGAGAGUUAGAGGAUUAUAUAGCAAUGGCUGCGAUUCUUAUUGAUUUUUUUCAAUUCCUAUCUCUAGGUCCUGAAGCCAGCUAUGAUAGGUUUUCAAGUAAAGCGUCGACUUGAUUUUCAAUAAAUGUAGGAUGACUCAACAAAGAACAAAAGCUGUGAGUUUAUGUAACUUGCGCAAUGGUUAUUGUUGCUUUAUGAGUAUUAUUUUGCAUUCAAAUAAAAUUCAAAUUAUUUGAUGAGGCAGAAAAUCUAUUAUGCUCAACAUUUAGAUUCUUAUCAAAGCUUUCACUAACUAUAAUAGGAAAUUUAGGCUUUUUGCCUAUUUUUUCUGUACUUUUGAGCUCCUUAGCGUGCUACGAAUCUAUAGGUUCAAGUCUAAAGCAGACUUUUGUGCAUCAAGACUGCUCUACUUUUUGUUGGCAAAAUCAGCAUAUAAUAUGAGCAGCACUGUCCAUUAUUUCACUAGUCAUUUAUUUGCCCUCCGCAAUAUACUUCAGGCCAUUUGCAGAUGUUGUGAACAAUGGAAAUAUCAAAACUAAACCACUCUUUCUGAUGGCAAAAGGGGUUUUCCAAGUUAGUAUUAUUAUUCUCAGUAAAACGUUAAAAGUUUAUUAUGAAAGUCUCCAUGGCCUGGUCUACAUAUUACUCCUCUCAAUAUUCGUUGCAAUUUGCUUAAAACUAAGGCCAUAUAAUUAUGGACGAAUGAAUCUCUGGCUUGUAAUUUCUUAUUUGGCUGUAAUUUGAGGUGUAACUUUAUCCUCAAUUUAUUCUAUUUCCCCGUACCAUUUUAUGCCUCCAUGAAUUGUGUCAGAAUAUAUAGGAUGGAUUAUUUUGAUUGCGGUUGGUCUAUACUUUCAGUCUUAUUAUUGCCCUUCAAUGCUAUACUGCUUAAUCCCUCACUCUUUGGCGAGCGAGUAAAAUUAUUGGAAAAUCACCUUUUUGGAAAUAUUAGCUUUCUUUUGUUAUUGAUCAAGAAUUUGCUAUUUAAAAUAAUUUAACAAAUAAUAAGUUGGCGAAUAAUUAGUGAUAAUUAUUAAGAAAUCUUAGACUUAUUCUAUUAAAUUUUAGAAAACUAUAAAUUAAUUAAAAUUGGGAACUUUAAAGGCAGAAAACAAUUUUUAAAAUCAUCAACCCUGCACAGCUAGCAAAUAAAACGCUUGCUCAAUAGUGAAGGAGAGAAUUAAGAUUGAAUUUCAGCUAGAAUUUUGUGAUGAAUUGCAUUAAAACUGCAGUAUAAAAAUAUUUCUGUUUUAAUUCAAGGCAGUUUAUUUACAGAAAAAAACCCUGAUAUUGGAGUUCUCUUUAGAUUCGAACUUGGAAACUCAGUAUGCGCAGAUAAAAUAAAUAAAAGCAUCAGAGAAAGAACUGCUAACAAGGGUUCUGGAUCCACUAAGUUUUUAGGCCAAUUAAACUCUGAUGACAGUAAGGACAACUUGAUUGUGGAUAUCGGCAAAAACCUUAAGCAUGAUGCAGCACAAUCACUCAAUUUUUCAAUUGAAUUUAAUGUUUAA